CCAACUCUCAUGUCACUCUCAGCCCGACUCGCGAACAACCUUUACAGGCCGGCGGCCCCGCGCGCUGGUACCAGAAAGAAGCGCACAUUCGAGUCUCACGACGACGAGGAAGAACUCCUUGCCAGGCCAUUCCGCCAAAUCCUGUCACCACCGAAGGCUGGUCCGAAGCGGAAGCGGAAGAGGUCACUGUCACCCGACUCCCCUGAUUUCGUUGACUCGGACUUGUUAGAGCGCUGGAAGACUCGUCGACGUGCACUAGAGGAUCUGGAACGCGCUGCUGCCAGUGACCAGCCAGUCGCUCGUCCGAGUGGGAUGGAUCACAGCGUCACGGUGCAAACUUUCAGUAGUUCAAGUUCCGUCCCAAGCACCGCUAACCAGUCGGUCGCCCACUCUACGACUACCGCGCCAUCGCAUACUCCCCGGCCUGCUGCCAGCGGCGACCAUCUUGGCGCGUUUCUCGCGUCAUUGAAGGCGGAGCUGAGUGCUGAGUUGAGGGCGGAAAUGAAAGGGGAGCUGAAGGCAGAGGUCAAGGCCGAGUUGAAAGAAGAAGUGAAGGCGGAGCUGAGGACUGAGUUGAAGGAGGAAGUCAAGCGGGAGUUGAAGGUUGAGUUGAAGGCGGAGGUCAAGGAGGAGCUGAAGGUUGAGCUGAAGAGAGAAGUCAAGGAGGAGCUCAAGCGGGAGGUCAAGCAGGAGUUAACGACAGAGCUCAAAGAGGAACUUAAGGAGGUGAAGAAGGAAUUGAAGACCGAACUGAAGGGGGACGUCAAGACGGAGCUGCGGAAGGAGGCGGAAGCUGACAUGCAGCGGGCGCUGCCAGCGGAGGUGAAGAAGGUGCUGGCGACCACGCGCAAGGAGAUGGAGCGGGAGGUUGCGAAGGUCGCGGAGGAGCGGGUGUUGCAAAGGGUGGGACAAGUGUUUUCGACGGGUUCACAGAUGUUUUCUGGCGCGAAAGUGGUGAAAGAGGAAAAAGAGGAGUGA